CGCGGAAACCAUCAGCAGAGUAUUUUCAUUUACUUAGCUAGCGAACCAUCUGUCAACUCCUAUUCCUACAUUACUUCUCUUUCACCGUCAGACCGACACCUGGGCGAUGUCGGAGUCUUACGAUUUCCUGUUUAAGUUCCUGGUGAUUGGAAAUGCUGGAACUGGCAAAUCCUGUCUGCUGCACCAGUUCAUUGAGAAGCGGUUUAAAGAUGAAUCCAACCACACAAUCGGAGUGGAAUUUGGCUCAAAGAUCAUCAGCGUGGUCAAUAAAAUGGUCAAACUGCAGAUUUGGGAUACUGCAGGACAAGAAAGGUUCAGGUCUGUAACCAGGAGUUACUACAGAGGAGCAGCAGGAGCCCUGUUGGUGUAUGAUAUCACCAGUCGAGAGACGUACAAUGCUCUGACCACAUGGCUGAGCGAUGCCAGGAUGCUGGCCAGUCAGAACAUUGUAAUCAUCCUGUGUGGAAACAAGAAAGACCUGGACGCUGACAGAGAGGUCACGUUCCUGGAGGCGUCGCGUUUUGCUCAGGAGAACGAGCUGAUGUUCCUGGAGACCAGUGCUCUAACAGGGGAGAACGUUGAAGAGGCUUUUGUCCAGUGCGCUCGGAAAAUUCUCAACAAGAUUGAGUCAGGAGAGCUGGACCCAGAGAGGAUGGGCUCAGGAAUCCAGUACGGCGACGCCGCGUUACGACAGCUCCGCUCUCCUCGUCGUGCUCAGCCGCAGGGCACCCAGGAGUGUGGCUGCUAGUGGACCUGCCCUGCAACAUACACAUACAAGUCUGGUUUAGAGUGGUUCAGACAGGUUUGUGAAGAUCAGGUGAAGAACAGCCACGAGGAACCAUAAGGUCCCGGGUUCAGGUUGCGGUGCUGGUGAUUCCUCUCUGACCUUUGACCUUCGUACGGACCUCUGAGAACCUCCAGAACCUUUGUUAUCAUGGCCUGCACCUGCAAGAGAUCCACGCCCCUAUUAAGACCUAUGAGCAUCUCCAAGGUAACCAGAGACCAUCCCUUCCAGCAACCUGCUCCCCUAUUGGGCCAAACCCCCUCACCCAACCCUCCAAUCAGGAUGUGAACUACUGACAUGUAACCUUUCUCCCUCUCCUAACUGUCUACUGACCCUCCCUCCGCUGCUCUCCUCCCAAUGGACCUCACUGUUGUCUUUUCAUUACGUCCAAUUCACUCUCAAAGUAAAGACAAUUCGUGUCCAGCUGCACAUAUGUAAAAUAGUGAUUAACUUUCAAGCUGUUGGCACCUCAUGGCUUUAGCUUCACACUCACACUCAGAAAACAUAUUUAAGAAAACUGUUGAACUGUUGCAACUACUUCCCUCUUUCUGCAUCUGCCUGCUCUGAUUGCUUGCCAACUUCCUGCUCACCUGUGAUCAUACAUUUUGCACUUCCUGUAUGACCAUUUCACUUCCCUUCUUCUGUACUUUCUCUCCCACUUUAGUUCCCCUCCGCAACUCAGAGGACAAAAUACAUGUCAUCAGUUUACCUAUCCUCGUGCCCUCCAUGCCAACCUUUCUUGCCAUUUGGUUUCCUCCCCAUGAUGCCCUCUGUUACCUGUCUCUGCCUCUCUCUCCUCCUGUCUACCUGCAGAAUCUAACACACUGUGCAGUGUAUCUGUAAAUAGAGAUUGACGCAUGUUUUCUCAAACAGAAUAUCAGAGUAUUUCAUUAUGAAGAGAUAUUAUAUGUAUAUGAAGUUAGAUAUCAUAUCCAGUAUUGGGUUUAUGCACCACUGUAUUAUUAUCAUGUUACUCUACAUUACCCUGGGAACUUGUUAGCAGUAUACAUUGACACUACUGUAUGCAGCAUUUAUGUUUUUAUGUAAUUGGGCCAACUUGAUGUUGAUAACACUAUGGACAAACAUGUUUAUGUGUUAAAAGUCUGUUUUAUCUUCAAGUUCAUAGAUUUAUUAAGAAAAGAGACAGAUGCAACCUGAAAUGAUUUGAGCAAUUGUUACUCUAUUUCAUUGCAGUUAAAUCAUUUCUACUGUUAAAAAAUAAAUGUCCACUCUUAAUUCUCGAAGGCAUAUUCAGUAUUGAACUGUUAAAUGGCCGUGUGUAACACCAAAGGACUCAAGUUGUAACUAGACAUUUUCUGAUACCAUUUUUCAUUCCCGGUACUGAUUCCGCCGGCUGGACCUUGUGAAAUUGGCCAAUACUGAGAACAGAUCUGAUACCAGCACAUUUAAAAACCUGAAUGCAGGUGUAUAGCGCUGCAAAUAGCAAUGUACACUCCAAGUUAGACGUCUCUAAUGUUUUCGUGAGAAGUGUCAAACCUUUUUUGGGAUCAUUAUGAAUCUGUGGUGGGACAAUUAGAAUGUGGUGGGCCACCAAAGUCCAUAUAAUUAAUGGGAAACACUGAAUGCAUAAUAAUUAUUUGUUAAAAUAACUGUUAAAGUGCAGCCUCACUUUAUAUAAAAUAAAUGACUUCUUUAGGUAGAACCACCCCUAAAACUUAAGUCUUGCAUAUGGUACACGUCACAUUUUACUUGUCGGCCUUUCCAGACAUUUUAUAUCUCUCUGGCUGCACUAAUCGAAAUCAUAUCUUCUUUUCAAUUCUAUUAAAGUACUUACCAGUUGCAGAAAAGUGUAACUGUGGUUUUGGGACCGUAAAGAAAUCAUAAUUUCUGGGAAAAGGAAAUAAUAGUUUUAUCUGGUUGAUAUUAAUCUACUUUAAAGACUUGGUAUCAGACUGGUUCAAAGACUUUUUCUCAGUGAUUCUCAACAGUAUCGGAGACACUUCAGAUCCUCGUGUCGGUAUUAGGACAUUCCUGCUUUUGACUCAUGACUGGUUUACUACAAUGACACAGUACAUGUUGCCUGUUUACAUGGAUGCAUGAGUGGUUGCUGCUAGCUGUCAGUAAAUAGUUACUGAAUGGUUUUAGCUGAGGUGUGAAUUUACCUGAUGUGUGCUUGAAUAUUAUUUGUCUCCAAAGAUACUUUGUCUCAUAUUUUAAACUUAAAAAUUGUUUUAACAACACAAAACUCUCAACAAAAAACCUGUGUCUUUUUCAUAACUGUAUCCAUGCGUUACAUAUGUUUAUGUAUUUUUUUUUGCCCCCCCCAAAAAAUGCAUUUUAAUUUAGUUUCACUUCAAACAGUAAAAGUAUAUUUCUGGUUAGCAUAUAUCCUGGAGUGUUUGACAGCAGGUCAAACAUGAUGUUUACGUCAUCAAGUCCAUUGUCUAAAUUAACGUAUGUAGGUUUUUCUCUUCAUUAUGAAUAUCAUGGAUUUUUUAUUUAUUGUGUAUGAUAAAAUCACAUGUUUUUAAAAUAAAAAGACUAUAAAUAAAGCAUUUUCUUUGAAA